ACUGUCGGAAAAUAGAAGAAGAAAUUCGUCGUUUACCUAAAAUGAUCAGAUCUUUUAGCGCUCGUGCUGUCGUGAAGAAUUAAAUGAUUUUAUAAAAAUCCAUAGCCUACUCGUCGAUAAUUUAUCAUCCCCCCUCGUCAAUGAGAGCAACAAGACACAAGAUGAGUACAGCUGUGGUGAUGUGGUGUUUCAGGGCUCAUCCUUCAUUUCGCAGGUCAUUCCCUUAACUUGAUCCUGUCCACACUCCUGACGCUGUUCAGUUUGGGGAUGUAAACGCUGGGAAGCCGCUAUAACGGACCUGAACUGAUAUGACUCAACGAGAGUCUUUUCAUUUCCCCGGAAAAAUGAGCCGUUAGGAGCCCAAACGCCGUGUGAAAGCCUCAGGCUUGUAAGGGAACUGGCCCUUCCAUCCUCCCUCUCUAACAUCCCACUGUGUCACAGCACUACCAUGUCCUUUCCCUGCUGUGCCCAUCCCAUGGAGAGUGCACACCCACCCAGAUAGGAUGCCUGCCUUGCCCGACGCCCUGCAUCCCCUCCUGCCCAUCACCACCUCCUCCUUCUCCUCGGGUGUACCUGCUCUUGCCAUAAGUUCCUUGCGGCCCCACAGGCUCCGCCCUGCUCCAACAUGGUGGAUGAGGUAACCACCAUGAAGGAUGAUGUCAUCAACGCCAACACGCUGGCUUGGCUGGUCUGCUCAGGCGUGUCCAUCCUGGCCAACACUUGGAGCAUUCUUAGCGUCAGUGCCAAGCAGAAAAAGUGGAAACCGCUGGAGUUCCUCAUCUGCACACUGGCAGGCACGCACAUCCUCAACAUGGCCAUCCCCAUCACUAUGUACUGUGUCAUAACGCUGCGCCGUCAGCACUCUAACUACGAGUGGAAUGAGGGUCUCUGCAAGGUGUUUGUCUCCACCUUCUACACUCUCACACUGGUCACCUGCUUCUCUGUAACCUCGCUUUCUUAUCACCGCAUGUGGAUGGUGCGCUGGCCUGUAAACUACAGGUUGAGUAACACCAAGAAGCAAGCAGUGCACACGGUGAUGGGCAUCUGGAUGGUCUCCUUCAUCCUGUCCACGCUUCCUGCUGUGGGCUGGCAUGACACCAUUGACCGCUUCUACACCUCUGACUGCCGAUUCAUUGUGACGGAGAUUGGUCUAGGCUUUGGCGUGUGCUUUCUGCUGCUGAUCGGUGGUAGCGUUGCCAUGGGUGUGAUUUGCAUUGGCAUCGCUCUCUUCCAGACCUUCUCCAUUCAGGCAGGCCACAAUGCCGACAAGAACAAGUUCAACGUCCCCACCAUAGUGGUUGAGGACGCCCAGGGGAAGCGCAGAUCAUCCAUUGAUGGAUCGGAGCCUCUCAAGACAUCACUGCAGAUCACCUACCUGAUCAGUGGUAUCGUCUUCAUCUACGACUUCUUGACUGGCUUCCCCAUACUGGUGGUGAGCUUUGCUAGUCUGAAGUUUGACCGCUCCUACAACUGGAUGGUGUUGUGUGUGCUGUGGUGCUCCAUUGCCCAGUCCAUCCUCCUGCCCAUGUUCAUCUGGGCUUGUGACCGCUAUCGGGCUGACAUCCGCAUGGUGUGGGAGAAGUGCGUUGCCAUCAUGUCCAACGACGACGUGGAUGAGGAAAACAGCCAAGAUGGAGGAAUUCAUGCCGACUUAAUAUAUGACAGACCAUAUGACUAUAGCUCGGCGCCUGAAAUCGUGACGGUAGACCGUAAUGCCAAGUAUGAGUUCUCAACCUUAGAAAGGGGGGUUCCGCAAGGGUAUCCAAUGAGGGAACAACAGGAAGAUAAAAUGCAGUAUUUGCAGGUGCCCCCUACAAGAAGAUUCUCCCACGACGAAACCGACAUGUGGACCAGCGACCGGAUCCCCUCAUACCUUCACCGGUGGGGCUCCACCGAGGACAUGAUAGUGAGUGCCCACUACAGCUCCACCUUGCCGCGCCACGAGAGGCGCAGGAACAGCCUGGUCUCCUACCACGAGGAGAGCCAUCAUCACCAUCACCCGCACCGAAAGCGGCGACGCUCUGAGGAUAGUAUGCACUCCCUCAAGCACCUGCCACGCGUGGUUUGUGGCGGGGAACACUAUGAGGACGAACUGCGCUGUUUCAGCCGCGAUGAGGUAAUUAACUUUAUAGAUGAGACGCCGCUGCCGAGCCCCAGGAAGAGCCCCCGGCGCGCAUCUACCAUCUCACUGAUACCCAAUGUGUAUGAACAUCACAUAGUCAUCCUCCCUCAUUUCCCGCUCACAGACUUUGAGCGUGAGCCUCAAGCACUCAGGCGACUUUCAGAACACAAAAGGAGCAGCAGUCGGAGCAAUUCACCUGAGGGUUCCCCCAAACCCGACAGACCCGCUGGGAAGAAGAGCCCCGGAACUUGUGGCUCUGGUAAAGGCUGCCGGGAGCGCUCGCGAGAUGGGAAACAUCAGUGUGAAGUUGGCUCACCUGGGCGUAGCCAGCAGACUCCAGGGCACUCUGCCUACAGGCCCAGGACAUGCGGUGGAGCCCGGGCUGGGGCAGGAGCUGACUGGGGGCAUCAGAAGCACCUGAGCAAGGCCGAGAAUAAAGGAAGCACUAACAGUUUUGUAAGCACACCCUCGGCAUCGUCCUCGGGAUACAUCACAUUUCACUCUGAUUCUGUCGGCUCCACCACUUAAAAACAAAGGUUUUCCUUGUUAAUAUCAACAUUGUUACUGAAGUUAUGAUCAUAAUGAAAACCACUGGAAUAUUUGUGGUUAUGGGAAAGUGACAUAGUGGAUUAUUUGACCCUUUUACUUGUGCCACUAUUCUGUUUUACUAUUUAAAUAUAUAUAUAUAUAUAUAUAUAUAUACAACCAAUAAAUAUCUGUUAUGCUAAAUGGCCUUGGGAGCUUUGGACAUAAUUUGUGAAUUAGGCAGUUUGGGUGAUCCUGUUAUUCAACUUUCACAUCACCAAAUAGCCACAAAGGACACUUUUUCCAGCACUGACACAAAUAAACUGUUUUUAAAUGGCGUGAACAUUCCCACACACCUUGUUUUUGCUGUUCGAUGUUUCUUAUUAAAUACUCAAAGAAUUGGAGGAGAUAGUUGUUAGGGUGGUAUUUUUUCUUUCAGUUUUUUUACCUAUUUUUUUGCAUUUAAGAACUUAAGCUCAAAGUGUAUUUUAUUUGGCCUGCAAAGGCUGUGUGUUUUGUUGUAUCAACACAUUUGCUUUCAAACCAAACCUUCCUGAAUACUGCCUAUGUACCUUGAGAUUGACUUAAGGAUAUGACACAUUAUACAUAAUUAUUUUACAUUACUUUUCUAAUAACAUAAUUUUCAAAACACAUGGAAAGCUUUGUUCAAGCACCCUAUGUUGAAGUGAACUGAGAGUGGUAAUCCCAAAAUCUUGAAUAGUUUUACAGUUUCUGUGUGAGAUAUUGAGAUAUAACGUGAAGACCCCUAAAUUCUUAAUGAAAAUCUGAAGUCAGUUUUUAAAGAAGAUUUACAUGUCAUGUACAUAUGAAGGGUGUUGGAUUUAUGCUUUGUGUUCUUCUGUUUAAUCAGACCUUUGCUUAGAACAUUUCCUCCUAAUUCUUAUUCCAAUGUUUGUGUUAACUUAAGAGAACAGGCUCAACAGUUGCUCACCAAAUAUUCUUAUACAGAUCAGAUGAAAACAGCUGGAAAUGUGUUAGAAAGAACAAAUAAUGACAGAACCUCUAAAAUAUGUCAAAUGGUCCAAAAGUUGAAUAAUCACACAGCCCUCAGGCUGACUAGAUGUAACUGAAAUGCUGGUGUCAAAUAUAUUGUCACAAAUUAGGAACAUUGUGAAUAGAACUAAAAUCAGACAUUGUAUUUGAUAUGUUCUCUCAUAACUUGCAGAUUGCAAAUGGUCCUAUUCUGGGAGUGUGAGACUUUUGUUAAACACCUGAUUUCACCUGAUCUAAGCACCAUGAAGUCAGUUAAAUGUAAGCACCCCAAGAUGGGAUGCUGUGAGAAAAUUUUAAGUUUAAAUUGAUUGAUUUUCUAUAAGUAAUUAUUUGGAGAAAUAAUGUAAAUAUUUCACAACAAAAAUGUAAAAGGCCAAGGACAAAAAUAGUAGCUGCUAAUUUAGCACCCUCACUCAAAAUAGACACUGGAGUCAUUGUAACCAAAUGUGACAAUUUGCUGACUAAAAGGAGUGAAACUCUCUACUGACAAAUAAUAGCAGAACUAACUUUGGGCUUUGACCUCUUAUGGACAGUAACUGCUAAUCUGAAUGUAUUUGCACAAAUUGGGUUUAAGUUUAAAAAAAGAUAUUAAGAGUAUACAGACAGUAUGAAAUAAAAACAUCCCCUUUGACCGCCUUAUUAGUUGUGAAAAGUUUUGCUAUUAUCAUCCAAGUAAUAAAGUUGCACAUGUUUGGCAUAUGUUUUCACUCAUCUGCUGUCAUCUAAAUGUUUAGUUUGAAUUCUCAUGUAUUAGUGAACCUCUCACACGUUGCAGCCUAUUCCAUUGAAUAUAUGAACCAAAAUGUAUCUUUCUUUGAAAGCAUAACAUCACAUUCCUCUGUCAGACUUUGCUAUGUCAUAGAUUUUUGCAUUUUGUUGCGUUUACAACAUUAAAAUAUAAUUUUGUAACAUAUUCAAAGAUUUAUGACUCAAAUAUGAAUUAUGUUAAAUGUUAUAAUUUUCUUGUUCAGGUGAUGACUUUGUUAAAAUGAUAUGACUGAUUAAAUUCACGAGAUGAUGA